GAAAAAGAGGAGAAGAAGGGAGGGAGAGGAGGAAGGAGGAGAAGGAAACAGGGGGAAGAGAAAAGACAAAAGAUUCAGAAAACAAAAGGAGAGAGUGCCAGUGGAGAGAGAACAGUUCUCAUAAAGUUUGGUUGGCUGCAUAUCUGAGAGAUGGGCAGCUACCCAAUCAUCUUGUUGCUGUGCUGUCUCCAUGCGCGAGAUGCAGUUGUCCGCGCCCAACAAACUGAGUUACCUUCAAAUGUCCCGGACCUACAGCCAUCUGACUGCAGGGAGGAGAUGUACCCCUGCACCAGGAUGUACUCAGUCCACCGGCCCAUCAAGAGAUGCAUCCACUCUCUGUGCCUUUACAGCCUCCCUCGAGUCUAUGUGAUCAACAAAGAGAUCUGUGUGCGCACGGUCUGCCAACAGGAUGAACUGCUCAAGGCGGAGCUUUGCAGGGAGAAAUCUGGCUGGCCCAAGAGACUCACGAGGUCAACUAAAAAACGUUGUCGUCGUGGAAACCCAAAAACCUGGGCAAACAAGGCUUGAUGGAGAGAGGGUGGCCACACGGAGAGAGAGAGGAGAGAGGAGAGAGAGAGGUGAAGUAAGGGAAGGGCUGAAGAACAGAUCUCAAAACCUCUAACUUGCUUACUGUUACUAGCUGGGUUUCCAUCCAACUGGUUUACAUAUUUUAAGCACAUUCAUGAAAAUUCCACUAGAUAAAAUGUAAGUUUGUGUGUGUUAUCCAUACACAGUGUUCUGCAAAGUAAAAAUGAACACUCUCCUAAUCAAAAAAGGGGAGCUCUGGGAAGCUGUGUCAUCAAUACGUAAGAUUGUAUAGGCAACAUUAACAGCAACAAAUGAAGAUUUAGGCAAAUAAGCCCAUUUCCAUCACACAUUGUGCCAAAUGUGAAUCGGGAGUUGAUCCACAUCCCUCUAAUGAAUUGAUUGAUUAUUUGACUCGCACAACAAGCAUUUACGGUCGGGUUUUUCUAUUCAAAUGAUCUCAAAUUCAUAUUAAACUUGGGAUGAAAGCUCAGCUGUUUCCUUCGAACACUAAACUGACCAACAAAACAAUUGUAUAACCAUUUAUCUCACUUUUAUUGUUUGUCUGUUGGUUUAUUUGUUUGUUUUUAAAUAAUAACCACUUUUGAUUAUAUGUGGAAUGUAGGCCUACACAUGUGAGGGAUCACUAUGUUAUUUAGAUGAUGCUCUCAUGUUUACACUGACAACAGCAGUGCACUUUGUUACGAUACUGAAUGUUGAAGUGUCUCACUGUUGAUUGCAUAUACUUGCAUAACUGUACAAUGUAGAGUUUUUUUUUGCAAAAACUCUUUUUUUUUACAUUAUAUCUAUGCAUCUCCACACACCAAUCUUCAUCACUAAGAUGAGACAGGUGAGAAAAAUAAAUUAAAAUAGAGAAA